AUGGAUGCGUCCAAGAACACACCCUUCGGAUACCACGAGACCGUAGAGGACGACGACGAUGGCUGGCAGGUCGUCUCUUCCUCCUCCUCCUCCUCCUCCCUCAAGGACAAGCCAUCAUCAUCCUCAUCUGCUCGCCAAGGAUUCACCCCCAUCCAACAAGCCCAGGAGGAUCAGAUCGUCCCUAGAUCCACCGUUGACGAAACCAUCAUCCCACAACAACAACAACAACAACAACAAGAAUCCUCCACAAAAACACCAGCACCGGCGCCAGUAGCAGAUGAGUUCACGACAACCGAAAAGGCCUCCAAGAAGAAAAAGAAGCAGAUCUUUGGCACAGACGAGUUCCAGCCCGUGGUCUCCAAGAAGCAGAUGGCCCGCGCUAGCAAGGUCGCCGCUGAUACCCAGACCAAUCGCCCCAACGCCUCGAUUGGUGUCUCGACCUCCAGUUACUUUGAUUUGCUCCAAGAUACUGAGGAUGCUGAAGAUGCUGACAAGAUUGUUGAGCGGAUCGAGAAGGAGCAAGAGGAGGAAAAGUUGAGGAUUGCUCAGGAGCAGGCUGAACUGGAAGAGCAGGAAAAGCAGGAAGAGAAGCUGAAGGCGGCCGCUACCGCCGCCGCCGCUGCUGCUGGUGCUGCUGCCCAGAAGGAGGCUGAUCAACAUACCCAGGAGGAACUAUUGAAGCAAGAACAGGAGCGUCAGCGUCAGCUCCAGGAACAGCUCAAGCGCGAACAGGAGAAGGAAGCACAGGCUAAUAUCGAGAAGGAGAUGGAGGUUGCUGCACAAAAGGAAAAGAAGGAUGCCAAGAAGAAGAAGGAGAAAGAAACCAAGGAGAAGGACGCCCAAUUGAAGGAGCAGCAAAGACUUCAACAGGAACAGGAACAAGCACAGCGAGAUCAGAGAGAGAGGGAUGCCGCCAUCGAAGCCGCUCAUGCUGCUGAGGAGGCCGAAGCUGCAGCAGAAGCACAGAGGGUCGCUGAUCAAAUCGCCGAAGAGGAGGACGCAAAGGAGUCUGAGGGCGACAGUGUCGAGGAUCAGGAUGAGAUCGACGAAUGGCAGGAGCAGUCCAAGGCCAAGAAGGGUCGCAAGACUCGUUCGUCCAACCAAGGGUCGUCCACCGCUGCCGUCGAGAUCAGCACCAGUAUGCCCAUCUACGUCCUCCAGCAGGAUGGUAUCACAGAGCAAAAUAGCGACGAGGAAGAGAUUUCGGAGGAGGAGAGGUCAAGACAGGAGCAGGAGCAGGAGGAGCGCGCUGCUGCAUUAGCCAAGGCUGCUGCCAAGGCCAAGCUCGGCGGAAAGAAGAACAAGAAGAAGUCCAACUCCAACAACACCUCAGCCGCCAACUCGCCUCGUCUGGAAGGCAAGAAGGCCAAGAAAGCUGCUGCUGCUGUCGCUUCCACUCCUGCCCCUGUUGCCGUUUCUGCUGAUAAGGAGCAGGAGACCUCUCUCUCCUCUGCAGAGGUGUCGACCCCCAAGCUGACCAAGCGCAAGGCCAAGAAGGCUGCCACCACUACCAACUCGGAGGUUGUUGCUGCUCCAGCUUCGGAAUCGACCUCUGAGAAGGUCGCUGCUGCUAAGGAUUCAGAGUUGUCAAAGAUGGUCCAGAGGGAUGGACCCUCGGGUAUGGUUGGAGGCACGAUCUCGUCGAUCUUUGAGAAGGGUGUCAACCCUGGCCUUGUCAAGAUGUUGAACGUCGUCUUUGUGGCCCUGUUCUUGUCCCUGGGCUUCUUGAUCUUUGCCUCUGGCGGCAACGGACAUGUAAUUGCCCUCACCGGCGUCGCCGUCGCCCUCUUUGUCGCUGUUCAGUGGUUUUUGCGCGAGAUGGAGACCAUGAAGAUUGAUGAGAGCAAGGAUGUUUAG